AUGGAUAAUUUGGCCCGCCCGGACGUACAGCAGGGAGACCAGGCCAAUAUGAUGGAGUCAGCCGGGGCGGGGGUCGUCGUCGACAGGGAUAUAGACAAGGCGCGGUCGAGAUAUCCCUACUGCAUCGUCUGGACGCCCCUCCCCCUCAUCACUUGGUUUAUCCCGCUAAUAGGACACAUGGGCAUCGCGGACUCCCGCGGAGUGAUUUACGACUUCGCCGGGCCGUACACCAUCGGGGAGGACCACAUGGCGUUCGGGCGGCCCACCCGCUACCUCCCGCUCGAUCCGGGUCGCUGCAAGGGGGAGCAAUGGGACGAAUCAGUCGCUCAUUCUUGCGAGACCUACAGCAAGCGCAUGCACAACCUAUGCUGCGACAACUGCCACUCCCACGUCGCGCUGGCGCUCAAGAGGAUGCGGUACGCGGGCGUAGAGUCGUGGAACAUGGUGUCGCUUUGCUUGUGGAUAUUCUUCGCCGGCCGCUACGUGUCAGUCUCCGGCUUUCUGGCCCAGUGGCUCCCCUUCGGGUUGGCGCUCACGUUGUACUUGGUUCUACGAUGA